GUACUGCUGUUCUGUCUUGCAGAGGUAGCGACCAAGCUGUCUUUGGAGAGGUUUUUAGGCCAUGACAUGAAGCCCGGCCCAUUCGGCUCACUUUGCUUGGCAAAUGAGACAUGAGCAUUUACUUUCAAAAGGUACUAGGACAAAGCGUUAUUCUUGUAAUUACAACAGGGGACCGCCUGAACUUCAAGCGCGAGAUCUUGUCGAUCCCCACGCGAAGCCACUCCGACCGCUUCCCUCCCCCUAAGGGGGGCUGUGACGCGAACCUAAAAAAUGGCGGCAGUUGACGUGCUGCCUCCCCGGACGGGGGACGACAUGGAGACCGAUGCUGCCCCCGCCCUGGUCGCGGACACUAGCACUAGCGAGGCCGACGAAGACCUGUACACUAUUCUUAAGAACCUGCAGCGUCAACUAGAGUUCCUUGAGAUUCAGGAGGAGUACAUUAAGGAGGAGCAGAAAAAUCUGAAGCGUGAGCUGCUGCGCGCGCAAGAGGAGGUGAAGCGCAUCCAGUCGGUGCCGCUCGUCAUCGGGCAAUUCCUGGAGAUGGUGGACGCGAACAACGGCAUCGUGGGCUCGACGACGGGGUCCAACUACUAUGUGCGCAUCCUCAGCACGCUCAACCGUGAGCUGCUAAAGCCCUCGGCCUCGGUCGCGCUCCACCGGCACUCCAACGCGCUGGUGGACAUCCUGCCUCCCGAGGCGGAUAGCAGCAUCUCGCUGCUGGGUGACAACGAGCGCCCGGACGUGACGUACUCGGACAUUGGCGGCUACGACAUGCAGAAGCAGGAGAUCCGCGAGGCUGUGGAGCUGCCGCUGGUGCAGGCGGACCUGUACAAGCAGAUCGGCAUCGACCCGCCGCGUGGUGUGCUGCUGUACGGCCCCCCCGGCACCGGCAAGACCAUGCUGGCCAAGGCGGUGGCGCACCACACCACCGCCGCCUUCAUCCGCGUGGUGGGCUCCGAGUUCGUGCAGAAGUACCUUGGAGAAGGCCCGCGCAUGGUUCGUGACGUGUUCCGCCUGGCCAAGGAGAACGCUCCUUCCAUCAUCUUCAUCGACGAGGUGGACGCCAUCGCCACGGCCCGCUUCGACGCGCAGACGGGCGCCGACCGCGAGGUGCAGCGCAUCCUGAUGGAGCUGCUCAACCAGAUGGACGGCUUCGACCAGACCGUCAACGUCAAGGUCAUCAUGGCCACCAACCGCGCCGACACGCUGGACCCGGCCCUGCUGCGCCCUGGCCGCCUGGACCGCAAGAUCGAGUUCCCCGUGCCCGACCGCCGCCAGAAGCGACUCAUCUUCCAGGUGUGCACCAGCAAGAUGAACCUGUCUGACGAGGUGGACCUGGAGGACUACGUGUCGCGACCCGACAAGAUCAGCGCCGCGGAGAUUGCCGCCAUCUGCCAGGAGGCGGGCAUGCUGGCGGUGCGCAAGAACCGGUACGUCAUCCUGCCCAAGGACUUCGAGAAGGGCUACAAGGCCAACGUCAAGAAGGGCGACAGCGAGUUCGCCUUCUACCAGUAGUAGCUCCAGCAGCAGCUAGCGGGAAGCAUGGGUUUAACAAGACUGUAAGUAGCGGCCACACUGGAGCGAUGCGGUACACUCGGGGCGGUCACUGGUGUUGCGGAGGAAAAGACAGGGCCCAGACCUGGCGCUGGGUGAUGAGUCAGCGUGUGCAUUUAGCGGUGCAGAGACAGGAGCGUCUUUACGUGAAAACUGCUCGCAUCAAGCUGUGUAGCGUCAUUUGAUGUGCGGGUCUUCGAUGGCGUCAUCGUCGCAACUGGGCAUUUGAUGGCGUGCGAGCUGCUAGAUUGCCAACACAUUCAAUGAGAAUACGGUAGAGCUUUUCGCGGACCCGCCUAGUGGCUGCCGUUUGUACGUCACUUGUAGGGCUGUCGUCCGUCAGUGAUACGGGUUGCGCGGCCUUGCGGGGCGCACAUGUAACUUGAGCAAGCA